AUGAGCCUCUCUCUGAGAUUCGACGCACGCUUCAGUGUCUUCCUCUCUCUUCCAUGUGCGAUUCUUCGGCCGCGAUGCUUAAGAAUUGACCGAAAAUCAUCCGGCGUUCCUCCAAAUCUUGGUUUCGGAUUUUGUUAUCUUCUUCGCUCCGGUACCAGCUACAUAGCAUGGCUUACCUGAUGUAGUACCAGGAUAAAACUUCCUUCUGCCUUGUUGAGCUCGAGCUGGUUUCAGGCAGAGUUCUUCGGUCUCAAAGAUGGCAAUGGCAGUCUUUAAGUCUCCGCUUAAAGGGGAACUCCACGGGGCUAGAAAGAUGGAAGGGAAACAGUAUAAGCAUCAUCUGCUUCAGCAACAGUGUUCGGGAAGAAGGCGUGUUUUCGUGCAAACCGAAACUGGCUGUGUUUUGGGAGUGGAGUUGGACCGUAAUGACAAUGUUACUACUGUGAAAAAAAGGCUUCAGAUUGCCUUUAACUUCCCAACGGAGGAAAGCUCCUUGACCUUUGGGGAUUUGGUGCUGAAGAAUGAUGACCUAAGUUCUGUGAGGAAUGAUUCUCCGCUUCUGCUAAAGCGUAACUUAAUGCACAGAAGCUCGUCUACUCCUUGUCUUUCGCCUACUGGGAAUGAUCUGCAGAGGAAAGAUCUGAGUGGUCCUAUUGAGAUACUUAGCCACUCAGAUUGUUUUUCGUCGUUGAAGCAAACGGCGAGUGGCAUUGUUGAGGCGAUGAAGAUGGGUGUCGAACCAAUCCCUGUCAACGGUGGGCUUGGAGGGGCAUACUAUUUUAGGAAUGAAAAAGGUCAAAGCGUUGCUAUUGUCAAGCCUACAGAUGAAGAACCGUUUGCUCCUAACAAUCCUAAAGGCUUCAUAGGGAAAGCGCUUGGGGAGCCUGGUUUAAAGCCUUCUGUGCGAGUAGGGGAAACCGGAUACAGAGAAGUUGCGGCGUACCUUCUUGAUUAUGAUCACUUUGCUAACGUUCCUCCCACGGCUCUUGUGAAGAUAACUCACACUGUGUUCAAUGUCAACGAUGGAGUGAACGGGAACAAGUCUCGUGAGAAGAAGAAGCUGGUCAGCAGCAAGAUUGCUUCGUUCCAGAAGUUUGUCCUUCAUGAUUUUGAUGCCAGUGAUCACGGGACUUCAAGCUUCCCAGUCGCUUCUGUGCAUCGCAUUGGGAUAUUGGACAUAAGGAUUCUCAACACAGACCGGCAUGGUGGAAACCUUUUGGUGAAGAAGCUUGAUGAUGGUGGUGUUGGGAGGUUUGGUCAAGUGGAGCUUAUCCCUAUAGAUCACGGUCUUUGCUUGCCAGAAACACUCGAAGAUCCUUACUUCGAAUGGAUUCACUGGCCUCAGGCUUCGAUACCUUUCUCUGAAGAAGAGCUUGAUUACAUACAGAGUCUUGAUCCCGUGAAUGACUGUGACAUGCUGCGAAGAGAGCUUCCAAUGAUUCGAGAGGCUUGCCUUAGGGUUCUAGUUCUGUGUACUGUUUUCCUGAAAGAAGCGGCUGCUUAUGGACUCUGUCUUGCAGAGAUUGGUGAGAUGAUGACUCGGGAGUUCCGUGCUGGAGAAGAAGAGCCAAGUGAACUAGAAAGGGUGUGUAUCGAAGCUCAGAGAUUAAUGGCUGCACAGGAUGUUUUAUCUCCCAAGAUAGAUGUAGAAGGGGAGACAGAGAUUCAGUUUGAUCUAGAUUAUAAUGGCCUAGAAUCAGUUUAUAGCUCGAAGACACAAACCGAUGAGUCGUUCGCCAGAAACCCAUUUUCAAACGGACGUUCUUCACCUGGCAAGCUCGAAGAGAGCAUCGCGGAAGAAGAAGAAACCGACGAAGAGGCAAGACUUGCUCUAUCUUUCUCAAAGCUUUCAACAGCAACGAAGAACAACAAUCUAAGCAACAGCAUGGGAUCCAACUACUCGAAACAUUCAAGAGACAAAACCGAGAAAACAUUGUCAAGUCACAAGAGCGCGAACGUGCAGCUCCCGGUUAGUGCAAGCUUUGUGAAGUUAGCAGACAUGAAAGAAGUAGAGUGGGUUGUGUUCUUGGAGAGGUUUCAGGAGUUGCUUGACUCGGCUUUUGCAGAACGUAAGACCAUGACGUUGAGGAAUAGACAGAGACUUGGUACCUCGUGCCAGUUUUGAGAGCACAUUAAGUAAAGCCUUAUAGAAGGUUCACAUAAUAGAAGACGAAAUGUGUUGGUUUUGAAGUAAUUACUUGUUAGCUACGUUACGAUUAGUUUACUUUUUGUGGCGACUACAAAAACAUGCAAUUUGGAAAUUUGUUUUAUUCUCUCUGUAGAUUAAAAAAUUUGUUAUUUUUGUCAUCCUUUAUGUUCU